CAUUUCCACCACUUUAGCCUACUUUGCCAUUCACGCCUACCAUCCUCCUCCUCGUCCUUUCUCUUGGCUUGCACCACCAACCUUUCAAGCCAUUCAAGUUAGUUCUUGAGACUCGCCAUGGAAUGUCACAUAAGACCGUGAAAUCGUAAAUGACUAAGAAGUAUAAAUAAAAUGAAUAUCACAACUAUACAGACUUCAUUGAAUUAUUCAAUAUAUUAAAUAUAUAAUGGGCAUAAUAUUAUGUGGGCAAAUAAAUUGUAUGUCCCAUCAACAUCCGCCAUUUGUUUCGCUCCAAGAAUUCUCACGCGCCACACGGGCGCGUACCGCGCGCUACAGCUAGUUUUUUCAAUUUAUUUGGAAUUCAGUGUCAGACGAGAGAAGAUGGCGGAAUUUCACGCGAGAGGCGGGAUGCAUUCGGGAGGCGUCCGGUCGCUCGAACGUCGGCACAGCUCGAUUCGCCUCGUCCCGUCCUGCAGAAUAAGCUGAAUGAUUUCGAGUUUUUCUCCAUCGGAGCUUCGCAAGCACCUACUUCAAGUUGCAGGAUUUCGGAUUCUGGUCUCCGGACAGAGACGAGAGCUCUCUCUCUCUCAGCGUAGAUUGCAGGAUCAUCCGUGUCGUUCGUCCGCAUUCUGUCAGGAUUUCCGGCGCCGAGCGUAUUUCGUGCGCUGUGAAUGCCGGAGGAACUUGCAAGCAUAAUCAGAAAGUUGCUUUAGGAUUGCUCGUUCUUCGUUCGUGCGCCGAAGAUGUUGCAGUGGAUGGGAGGAUCGAGACGGAAAAUAACGACUGUAAGUGUCAGUUUGUGCUUUGACCUUUGAGAAUUUGCAGGAUUCGUCAGCUCGAUGCGAUUCUGCCGUGAUCUUCCUUAGGUCGCAAAUUGAAAUUAUCGCUCAUUGCCUUCCACUACUUCCUGUGACCAGAGAGGAUCGAUAGGGCUACCGUUACUCAGUUUAAAUGAUUAUUUUUCUUAUUGGAACCAUUCUUCUCGAACAAGACUUCUUGUUCCCCACCUCGGUGGGAAUGCCGCAUCCCGUUGUUGUUUUUUCUGGACAAUCGGACUGCCGGCAUGUCAGUUGUCUGGUAGUGGUGUGCCGCCAAUUUACUCACCAAUGAAAAUUGCAUGGUAAAAAGUAGUAAGGUCUAGUUUGAGGUGCCUCCGAAAUUUUAGCUCAUUGGUUCAGGGGCGAGAAUCUUCUGUGAUGCUGAACUUAGUGUUUGUGUGUCAAAAGUGUGAAAAGACAAGGUACAUUGUCUCUACCGCGGAAUUACUUUUCAAUUUGUCAAGAGCCAAACAUGACAACGUCAUUAUUCUGCUUCUGAUACACAACCAUUUCUUUGUGCCUUGGUGCAUCUUAAUUGUGCUGAGAUGUGGAUUAUUACAGUCCAGGAAGUCUACUCAGAAGAGGUAAGAGACAUCGAUCUACUUGCUCUCUUUUUCCCACAGACCAAUGCAGUCGAACUUUGCUACCUAAAGCAUCCGGUAAGCGUUUAUCACACGAGAGCAACUACCUAUUCUUUCUAAAAAAUUUCUACUCAUGGAGGCAAAAGCAAUAUUUCGAGCAAAAGAAGAGGCAAUGGCAGCAACAAAAUUUUGGUUCAGACAACGAUGUCGAGGGAACAAAUGUGGACUGCCAACAGCAGAAAGAAAAUCGAUCAUUGGACAUUCUCAGUUUGUUGAAUCUUUCAACUGCUCCACAAGAGUACAAAAGUAGCUGCCCUAAUAGAAGCAGUAUUCUACAUAUUAAUGAUCCGAAGGGAGAACACCGAUUCAGAAAUUUUCCACCCACUGCAAUUGCCAAUGCAGUACCUCAUGUCAUGCCUACCAAAGUUCACGAAGCAGGUACUCAAUUUGGCGAUCAAGGCAAGGCUCUUCUUCCAAUGAAUGAAGUCGACAAUCAUGUCUCAAAUGAUCAAAAGAAGGAGAUUGGUCAUAACACAGGAAUAAUGUAUGAGCCACGUACAUCUGUCCUUGAUUUGCUUCAUGAUGAUCCUUCUGACAGAAAUUUGGAAAUUAGUCCAGCAAAUGAAGAUCAUGUUGCCUUUUCAGUAAACGGCUUAGGUAGAGUGGGAACAGAAACACCAGCACAUUCACCACCGCAAGUUGACAGAACAUUUUCCUAUGGUUGCGCAUCACCCUUAAAACAUUCAGGCUGGUCAGACAUGUCGGAGAACCAAGAUCAUGCAUUGGAUGACCUUGAUUUUGAAGCAGUGAGAUGCUUGAAGUCUAUGAUGAAAUCUUUUAAUGUGCCCAAUCGUCGGCAUUCUUUGAGGAACUCAAUGGGUAUAGGGGAUUGGUAUGGAAAUCUGGAAGCAAACACCUGUGCCUGGGAUAAGUCGAAUCAUCACUGGGGGGAUAGUAGCAUAAUGACAUCAUCUGGUCACAAAGAUGUAUGGGAAGCAAGCUCUAGUUCUCUUAAUUACAACUAUUUUCUCGGGGGAGAUUAUGACAUCUCUUGGGAAAAACGUCCUUUCAAAGUGGGUGAUCUAUGUGAUGAUUUCGCCACAUAUGAAAAUUAUGACUUAUCAGAGCAAGAUUUUGAUCAAGUCCGUUUGCUUAAGAAAAGGGUCAUUGCUGAAGCUGGAGUCAUCAGAAGCGAAACUUUAGUGUCUCCCCCAUUAUCUGAACAGCGUGGUUCAGAAGAAGCAUAUCGGUGUAGCAUCGUCGCGAAGGAUCCAAGAGAGAGUUCAAGCUUUCAAAGUUCCAGCAGUGAAGAGUCAUGCUCCUCCACUACAGGUUAUCGUUUCUUGUGAUCGCAUUUCUUUCUCCAGCCAAUUUCAGUUGUGAACGAAGCUAGCUUUGAAGAUGCCUGAUUUACUUCUUCAGACUAAUCUUUUCAUUUGGAUUAUCAUUUUAGAAAUAUAUUAGCAAGCGGAAUUCAUUUUUCUCCUUCUACCUUUUGCAUGAUUUCAAUGAGGGCUUGUCUUGAUAAGCUUCCGGUUUUCGCUUUUUGCGUAAUUUUAAUUUUGUGAGGGACACGGUUUGACUUUGUCUCAACACCAGGAACUUUCGCAGUAUACAAUUUUAAUACACAAGUUCACA